GCUGUCACCGUCACCGUGGACCACAGAAAAGCUCUGACAAUCACAACGGCGGGGAAACUCGACAACCUUCAAGUAUGCGCUUUCAAAAGUGUAAAGGUUUCUAGGUUGAUUUGGAAAGCCGCGCUUAUCCGGAGCAAUUAACAAGCCAGGUAGCUGAGGGGCAAAAAGCGAAGCGUCGACGUUGUGGGAAAAAAUAAACAUCCCAGAGAGGAUAACGAGUAAAAAAACAACAAAAAAAAACCCCUCUAUCCGUCAUGCUACACGUGAUAUGUUGUAUAGAUCGCAUGAUAGUCAAACAAUGAAUGCACUAAUCCAACCUUUACACUUUUUAAAGCGGACCCAAGAUCAGAACUCUUGAACCCAAGAGUCGAGACUCUGCAAGCAUUUGUUGUGAAACAUCACAGCCCGCCCGUUUCCUGUCAGCGUUAUACACACUGGUGUCACGAAAUAUGUCUGAUCCGAUACCGAUCCAGACUAGUAUCCGAUCAGUACAGUACGUUCAUGCUGACUGGCUUUAAACACAAGCAACACGAGUCACCUGUAAUAGCGCCUUAAUUAUCAUUCCCCUCAUCACCCACAGAUGUAAUGUUAGGAACAAAACAUCUCAGAGAAGCAAUAAAAUAAAUUACGCAGUAAGUAUUCUCGAGUCUAAAAGAAUGUCUGGGAUAGUAGUGUAUGAAAUGAAAUGAAAUGAGUUAAGAGUCUGAUGGCCUGUGAGACAGACGUGUUCGUGAACCCGAGACCAGACACUCUGUAGUGUUCUUCCAGAUAGGAUUGUGAACAGUAACUUCCUACUGGAAAUCCAUUGAAAAUCCACAAGAGAAAAGGACUCUUCGAUGAAUGUGUGGAUGCAGACGUGGCAAAAAGUGGAAGAAAGCACCCCAAGAUCCACUGGACACAGCUGGCAGCUAACGGAGCAUCAUCGGUGUCAGCUCAUCGCCAUAACGGGAGACAAACAGACGAACACGACCGGAACAAUUCCACAAUGUCUGAGAUCAAGAGCCGACAGGUGAAAGUGACCUUGAUGGACGUUUUCCAGACGGAAGAGGGGCAGAGAUACCUGAGUAGCUGUGGGAGCGAUACCGAUGCAGAGAGACAGUCCUCGCGUAAACGAGGACCCAGGCAGAGGCGGAGUGAGAGAGGACCCUCGACGGUCAGGAGGAGAGCUAGAGCACUUCGCAAGGACCAAACCGAAACGACCGACACCGAGGGGAGCGAGAGGGACCUUUCCGAAAGAGUCCGGUGUACCGAACGAUUCGGCGGUUCACCGAAACAAUCCGACGAGGAAGAAUCCCGUUCCCCGGGCGAAGGACGUCAUAACCUGUCGCCUAAACACACCGACGCUGCAGAUAACGAGCUGUGUCCGGUCGAGGAAAGUGACUCUUCGAGGCCUACGAGCGUCAGUCCUGUUCAGUCUGAAGAAGCUGAUUCAGAACAGAUCUCCGAAAGCUUAAUCGCAGCCACACGCACUCCGUCACAAGCUAAGCAACCGAGUGGCUUCGACAGAACAGAAUACCGGGAUUCGGAGAGCGACGCAGUUCCCACUCAGCAAAAAACCAGCGCGAACGAAGCACGAGAAUGUGCAGGAAUUACGGGAGAAGAAGAGGGAGAGAUUGAACAGGAGAGAGAAGAGGAGGAGGCUCUACAACAGAACGGAGAAGUGCUAGACGAAGGGGGCGGAGCCAGAGGCAGCGUCUUACGUCUGUCCACAGGGGCAGCUGAGGGCCAGUUGGCUGAUGAAGAAGUCACACCCAGUUCCAGUCAAAUGCCAGGCUCUGCACAUAAACACGUCGGUGAUUUGCAGCCCGUGGAAGUCAGACAGGCCGCUAAACCACAAACAAUUGAACCCAUUGUUCUUUCCAGCGAGGAGGAGGAAGUGCAGGAGGAGGAAGAGGAGGAGGAGGAGGACGGUGGGACAUUGCACGUUCAAGCACUAGAGGGAGCCGUAGAUCCACGCAGGCCUCAGAAGCCGGUACAGGCCACGGAGAGGGAAAAGAUUCCAGACGUUUCCAGCUUCGGGGACUCUGUUUUAAGCGGUUGUUCGGUGAUGGAGCUUCAGUUCUCCGCCCUCUACAUGGGAAGCCUCAGCGCCUUGACUAACGGGCUUGUAAAGAUCACGGACGAUACGAUCACCAUCUCGUGCAAAGAGCCGUCAGGUGCCGGGGUAAAAACUUCCUUGGCGACAGAACAUGUGCGCAAGUACAGCGUGUGGGACGGGCUUUUAGUGCAGGACAGCCGUAUAGCUAAAGAACAUGAAGUGCCGCCUCCAUCUGUGCUUUUGAUAUGGCUGGAUGAAGCUCAAGCACGACGCCUCUCCAGCGACUUGUCUGUCUUACUGCCAGGGACACGCCCAGCUGAGGGCAGCACAUGCGUUGUACUGUGUGUGUCUGAACCCUUGAAUGGAGUACAGGGUGCACUGCUCGCAUCUAUCAUGGACAUUGUAGGACUCCGACACGGAAACACCGAGCUUCUGACGCCACACACACACCCCGACAGUCUGAAGAUUCUGCAGAACAGCCCAGACUCACACAUGCUCCAACUGCUGCUUCCCGCCGCCUCGUGCGAGUCCGAGUCCAAGACCGCCCCGGCGCCGGCGCCAGCGCCAGCGAGCGCUACUGCAGCCUCGGCUAAGGACGCAGAUGCCCAGCCAGACUCCAGUGUCUACACGUUAUGUCAAAGCCGAGGUCAGAGUGCUUACAGAGUGUCCUUGGCACAUAAACCAGGAGCAGACUGGACUCAGUACCGUCACUGUGGUCCUGCACGCAGGUUGAUCCAGUUUCCUCCACCACCGUCUAAAGGAGCCAUAACCGUGACCACCGAGGACCUGGAGUGUUUAGAUAGCGGGGAGUUUCUCAAUGACGUCAUCAUCGACUUCUACCUCAAGUAUCUGUUGGUAAAGAAGGCUCCUCAUGCUUCAGUGAGAAGAUCUCACGUUUUUAGCAGCUUCUUUUACAAACAGCUCACACGGCGUGACAACGCUAAUGAAGACAGCAUCAGCACACCAGCCCAGCUCAGGAGGCACCAGCGGGUCAGGACAUGGACACGUCACGUGGACAUAUUUGAAAAGGAUUUCCUGUUUGUGCCCGUCAAUCAAGAAGCUCACUGGUACCUAGUAGUGGUGUGUUUCCCUGGGCUGGAUGAGCCUCAUUAUGUGGAGAGAGGAGACCAUGCCUCGGCGCACGUCGAGACCGAAAACGCCGACGAUACCACAGCUCAGAGCGAGUCUCAGCAUGGAGACGGGGACACAAAUUCAGGUGAAAAUUCUUCCAGGUCUGUUUCUGCUCUGGCUCCACCAACCUGCACAGAAAAUACCUGUAAACGACGGACGGUCUGUAAGAGACCCUGCAUUCUCAUCAUGGACUCUCUGAAGGUGUCUAUUCACGAGCGUGUCUUCAAGCUCCUGCGCGAGUAUCUGCAGGCAGAGUGGGAGGUAAAAAGAGGUGGACAUCGAGACUUUAGUGCCGAGCGGAUGGUGGGCUCACACUGCAGAGUCCCCCUGCAGGACAACAGUAGUGACUGCGGUCUUUAUUUACUGCAGUAUGCAGAAAGCUUUUUACAGGAUCCUGUAGUGCACUUUGACCUUCCACUGAAGCUAGAGUGUUGGUUUCCACGACAGAAAGUACGUGAGAAGCGAGAGGAGAUUCGAGAUCUUGUGUUACACCUGUACCGAUUUCAGCAAGGCUCUCUGGGAAACGACAGCUCAGACGACGGGAAAGAAAUAGGAAAUAUAGUUUAGUAGCAUAAAGCAGUAAGGAGAAUAGACUUAUUUUUUUCCUUAUUUUUAUUUAUCAUGUUUUAUUUCCAUUGUUCUUAGGUCUUUUAUGUCUUUUUAUGCUUUUGUACAUCUUAAUGCAAAAACUGUAAUAAAUUUUUCAUCAUGAUGUGA